AUGGAGGAAGUGAAACGUGCAACAUUUAGCAUUCAUCCCGUGACUAUGGAGGAAGUGAAACGUGCGACAUUUAGCAUUCAUCCUCAAAGUGCUCCAGGAGAUGAUGGUAUGACAGCAAAAUUUUUUCAAAGCUUUUGGAACAUACUUAGUGGUGAUGUGUUUCGAGCAGUUAAGAGCUUCUUUUCAGGGGGCAGAAUUUUGAAGGGUUUUAAUCACACUCAGAUCUGUCUUAUUCCCAAGAUUUCUGAUGCUAAAGAUAUGACUCAGGUAAGACCAAUAAGCCUAUCUUCAGUCUUUUAUAAGAUUAUCUCCAAAGUAUUUGUACAUAGACUUCAGGGUAUGAUGAAUAGACUAAUUAGCCCUAUGCAGAGUGCUUUUAUUAAAGGCAUAUUAAUCUCUGAUAAUAUCCUAAUUGCUCACGAGUGUAUGCAUUACUUGAAGAACAAAAAAAGGGGACUCGAAAAUGAAAUGGCGCUAAAACUAGAUAUGAGUAAGGCAUAUGAUAGGGUGGAAUGGCACUUUCUUUGGUUUAUAUUGGAGAAGUUUGGUUUUGACUCCCGGUGGAUCAUGUGGAUUAGCAUCAGUGGCCAGAGGGUAAAUCUUAAUAAAUCUGCUGUAUUCUUUAGCCACAACACUCCAUCCACUACUCGUACACUACUGGCUAACUCUAUGAAUAUUAAUCAUAUUGGGGCUCAGGAUAAAUACCUUGGUUUGCCUUCUACAGUCUCUAAAUCGAAAAAGGCUUCUUUUAGUAUAAUCAAAGAAAAGGUUCGGAAAAGAAUCCAAGGGUGGAAGCGCAAUCUUCUAUCGUCAGGUGGUAGACACGUAUUGCUUAAGGCAGUGGGAGAAGCUAUUCCUAUUUAUACAUUGUCUUGCUUCAAGUUACCUGAUAGUUUAAUCUCGGAAAUUCACUCUCUACUUUCUCAAUUCUGGUGGGGACAAAAAGGUUCUGAAAGGCGGAUGGCUUGGAUUAGCUGGGACACUAUGACUCGCCCACGAAAAGAAGGAGGCCUUGGAUUUAAAGAUCUCAGAAUCCAAAAUCUGGCGCUUUUAGGCAAACAGUUUUGGCGACUUGUAACACAGCCUACUUCCUUAUUAUCCAAAAUCCUAAGAGGUAAAUACUUUAGUAAUGGUAAUGCUAUAACGGCAGAAAUUGGAGUCUUACCUUCUUGGGGAUGGAGGAGCAUACUGGAAGGGCGAAAGAUUGUUGAAAAAGGUCUUAAUUGGGCUGUGGGUACUGGAGAGAAUAUCCGAACCUUUGAGGAUCCUUGGCUGCCUCCUCCGUAUCCUUUAAAGAUUUAUAACAUGCCAAAUAGACAAGCUAUCUCUGAGUUGGUUCCAAGAGUUAAAGAUCUAAUUACUGAAGAUAGGAAUUGGAAUCAGAAUCUUAUUCAAGAAUUAUUUCCUCAAGACGUUGCAAACAGAAUUUUGUCAGUUAAAAUUCAGCAGAGUAGGGAUAAAUUGCAAUGGGAUUUGAACAAAUCCAAGCAAUAUGAUACAGUUUCAGGUUACAGAAUUGGCUAUUUAUUUUACCAUCCGCCUCUGGAGCUUUGCCCUAAUUAUAUGCAACAGAAAAAGCCGUGGAUUGAUCCCUAA